CGCAGGAGUGGCUCGGCGUCGCUAGGGCCGCCUGCGCGGGGCGGGGGGGCGCUCCACGUGGCCCCCUCCGCGGCCGCGGCGUGUGCAAGCAGCUCGGUGGCUCUGGAGACUCCCGGCAGCUCCUCAGGUUACUAAUCAUAAAGAAUUUCACAAAUCAUUCUGGUUUUUUUGAGAAGAGAUUACCCUGAGAAUCAUGAACAUCAGUGACUUCGUAAUACUCCCAGGUUCAAAAACUGGAACCUCUGUCAAAUUAAAAGCAAAACAUCUCCGAGAACUGCAGUUGGAGAAAGUACAGUUAGAACUACAAAACAAGGAGAUGGAAAAGAAAUUACAGUUACUACAAGCAAACAUGAGCAGAGAAAAAGAAGAAAGGGAACGAUCAAGUGGAUAUCGUUGGAAAUCUGGGCAAGUCGGACCAAUGGGCAUUCAACCACAAAUAUUUUUACAAAAUAAAGAAAAUGGUGUUAAGGUUUCUUCAGGAAAAGUGAAGUUGAAAAUACUCAGAGAACAGAUUCAAGAGCCAGUGAAACUGCCACUUAAACAUAAAAUGUCAAAUGUUGUGGCUACUGAAAAUCCUAAAAUGAAGGGGAAGGUAUGUGGACAAUGUGAGACCAAAAAUGCAUUAUUGGUAUGCUUAGAGUGUGGGGAAGAUUAUUGUGGAAGCUGCUUUGCUAAAAUCCACCAGAAGGGGGCACUGAAGCUCCACAGAAUGAUUCCUUUACAGGCAAAAGCCAAUGCAUCUGUUGGAAAAUUGGAAGUUGUUCAUCGCUUCAUGAAAGAAGUUAAUCCAGAUGAAUCAAAAAUGAAUCAUGAGCAGAAGAAAAAAAGUAGCACAAAUCAGCUCACGUCAGACACAUCUUCAUCUCUGCUAACGUCAACAGUCAGUGCUGUGGAAUUUUCUACCUCAUCAACAUGGACAGGUACUGAGAAUCAGGAUGGUAGGUUAUUACUGCAUGGCACCUUUGAUGAGGAUGAAUCUUCAAAGUCCUUUCAGGAAGCUUUAACUCAGUGGAGGCAUGGAAAUCAUGAACUCAAAAAGAAACAAAACUCUAUCAAAGCUGAAGCAGAAUCCAUGGGAAUUUGUGAGGUACAGACCCAUCUUACACUUUCAAGAGAACCUGUUCAGAUUGAAUUCAAAGAAGACAGCUUGAGCUAUAUGGAAAAACUGUGGCUUAAAAAACACAGAAGAACUCCCAUUGAAAAAGAACCUGGUAUUCAGGUAAAUGGAUUCAGACCUGGGCAGUCAAUGGUAAAUGAAUUUCACAAUGCUCUGGGCAGAGAAGGAAGAAAUGAGGAGGAGGAGGAUUUAAUAGCUGAAGAGAUGAAACAAUAUUGGACAUCUCUUUUUAGAACAGAAGUAUCUGACGCUGUUCCUGAGUUCUCUGAAUCUUCUUUGAAAAUUGAGGUACUUGAUAAUUCUUAUGAGGAUGACUUAGAAGAAUCAACCAACUUUAUGGUGACAGAACUUGGAUCAACUAAAUCGGGGAACAAACAAAGAGCUAUGGGACCUGAACACCAACAGAGUACAGUGUCACGCUUUUCACCAGCCCAAGCUCUUGAUAUAACUAGAAAGUCAUUUGAUCAUGUACCUUCCACAGCUGAUAAAAAAGAUCUUCUAAUACCUCCUUGGGACAGAAAUACUGCACCUUUGGAACAAAUUUCUAAAGUUUCAUCAGGACAGACAUCUACAGCAAGCCAUGCAGGAAUAUAUACUGAGUGCCAUCAUUCUGCUACAGGAGAAAAAGUUCUCAGCAUUCCUCACAAAGGAGAUAUAACUGCAAAGGCAGGCAUUAAAACAAACACUGAUAGAAGAUUUCUUUCCUCUUGUAUGCCACCUGAGAAGUCUUUUGGCCUCCCUAAAUUAGCCAUAAAGACACCUUCCUCCAAGUUGAGAUCACUGAAUGACAGUGCUGAUUCAGCGGAAUUUAAAAGUUUCUCCAACAACCAGAGCAUGGCUUUAACUACGAAGUCCUCAGUGUUGUUACAGGAAGUAGCCCGAAGAGAAAAACCUGUUUCUACCCAGUACCUCGGACUUGAGAAUUUUUUUAGCUUGGGUGCAAAUUCUAAGCAAGUAACAACUGAAUCACUUCCAUCAUUGUGCUCUGAUUCCAGCCCUACAGAUAGCAUUUCAUUUUCAGGAGCUGAACAGUGGGUCAGAAUGCGUAGCUUAAGUGACCAUGCUGAAGAGUCCAUAGUACAGGACAUAUGGCAAAGUGAAUUGAGCAGACCAUCAAGUGGUUUGAGACAACGAAACACACAUGCUAGAACUUUUCUACAGAGAUCAGUGCACAGAUCACCUGUUGUGACUAGUUUCCCGAGACCUUUAUCAGCAAAUAUCCCGCUCUGUGGAAUGAUUAAGAGUCGUCCUAUCCCGUGUUCACGUUCUCAAAUAAGACCAAAAAGUUCAACCAGUCAGCUGCUAUCUACAGUUGUUGCUGAAAUAUCCAAAUUUGAGUUUGAUGAUCGAACUGAACAAAAUGAUCCUCUUUUAGAAGAUAUUGCUGAUCAACAAGCCUUAGCUAGUUUGGAAAAAGAAUUGCAAAGUCAUAUAGAUCCGCAGGAAAAACUUUGCCGCUUAACCUCUGAAGACUUAUCAGCUUCCAGCAGACAUUCAAAGAAGAUAAGUGAAAAUAUUACAGAUUUCCAUAAUAACCUAGAACUGAAAGACCACAGUAGAGUUGAUACUUUAAGUGAUUGUGAUGAAAACUACCCUGAGGAGGAAGAAAUUCUGAGAGACAAGCAACUGGUUCUUGCCCUACAUCGACCAGCAAGUAAAUAACUUUGCUUGACAUAAAAUGAGUAGCAGGCAUAGUCAUCUAGGGCACUGUAAACUUUAACUGUUGAAGACUGCUUUGUAGGUUACUGAUAUGAUUAAAAGGUGUUUGAAAA